ACAGAACUCAGAAAAACAACAAACAAAAAUUUUUUAUCCUUCAAAUUUUGGCCAUCCAUCCAUCAUGGUCACAAAAACUAUUAUCAUGUUACCAAAAUCAAUUCAACCUCUCCAUGUGUUUGUGGUUGUGCUUUCACUAUUAUUAUUAAACUACAUACCUGUUCUUGGACUCUCCUCUGCAGGAGUUGAAGCUGCUAAUAAAAUCAGGUGCAUAGAGAGGGAGAGACAAGCUCUCCUCAAGUUUAAAGAAGCUGUCGAUGAUUAUGGUAUUCUCUCUUCUUGGGGGAAUGAAGAAGCUAAGAAAGACUGUUGCAAAUGGAGUAGCGUCUAUUGCAACAACCACAGUGGUCAUGUAACCAUGCUCGAUCUUCAUUACUUUAGCGGAAAGAUUAGUUCUUCAUUGCUUGAAUUGCAGCAUUUGAAGUAUUUAGAUCUUGGCGGAAAUAUGAUUGAAGGGCGCAUCCCAGAGUUCAUUGCUUCCUUGAGCAGAUUACAAUACCUCAGCCUCGAAUUGAAUCUCUUUGGUGGUCCGAUUCCUCAUCAGUUUAGGAACCUUUCCAACUUAAGGUAUCUUGAUCUUCGUUCUAAUAAUCUAGAAGGUCCGGUUCGUCAUCAGCUUGGGAACCUUUCCAACUUAAGGUAUCUUGAUCUCUCUUCUAAUUAUCAAUUGAAUGGGCCACUCCCAGAAAGUUUUGGACAACUUCGUAGUCUUGUUCAACUAGAUUUGUCUUUGAAUUCUUUCCAAGGCAUAAUCUCUGAAGCCCACUUCUCAAACCUCUACAGUUUGCAAGUUUUGGACUUGUCUUUUAAUCAACUAGUUUUGAACUUUAGCUCUGAUUGGGAUCCUCCUUUUCAAAUUCGUCAAAUAAGGUUGGCAUUUUGCAAGUUGGGGCCUUAUUUCCCAAAAUGGCUUCAAAAGCAAAAUAAAAUUUCCAUGCUUGAUAUCUCUGGAGCUGGAAUUUCAGAUACUGUCCCUAGUUGGUUUUGGGAUCUAUCACCCAAGUUAAAUUUUUUAAAUCUUUCUUGCAACCAUAUAAAUGGCUUGUUACCAGAUUUAUCUUCGAAGUUUACUGAUUUUAUCGGCAUAGAUUUAAGUUCUAAUCGCUUUACAGGUCAAAUACCACCACUUCCAUCCAAUUUAACAUUUUUGAAUCUCUCCAAAAACAUGUUUUCGGGGUCAAUUUCUUUCUUAUGUGCAAUUUUUAGCACCGAAGUUUUCUCCUAUCUUGACCUCUCAAGUAACCUAUUAUCAGGAGGACUUCCAAAGUGUUGGGAACAUUUUAAAGCACUUGCAGUUAUCAAUUUGGACAACAAUAAUUUUUCUGGAGCACUUCCUAACUCAAUAGGUUCCCUAAAUGCCAUUGAAGCAUUGCAGUUGCGCAACAAUAGUUUCUCUGGGAGAUUGCCAAAGUCAUUGAAUAAAUGCGUACAGUUGAAAAUUAUUGACUUGGAGCAAAAUAGAUUCACAGGAAAAAUACAAGCAUGGAUAGGGAUGCAUCUCACAAGGUUAAUCGUUCUUAGUCUACGAUCCAACAAAUUCUAUGGAAGCAUACCUCAAGAUAUCUGCUACCUUAACUAUAUUCAAGUUUUGGACCUCUCUCAAAAUGAUUUAUCGGGAAAACUACCACAAUGUUUCAGCAAUUUUUCUGCUUUGGUUCAAAGUAAUAGUUCGAAAGGAUCCACUGAUUUCACCUACACUACAUAUCAAGGUGGUGCUUUUGUCUCAGGUUCCCUAUACUAUGAGAGUAAUGCAUUAGUUCAAUGGAAGGGACAAGAGAGGGAGUACGGAAACCAACUGGGACUACUUAAAAUGAUUGAUCUUUCUAGCAACAAAUUGACUGGAAAAAUUCCUCAGCAAGUUGCGAGUCUUGCAGGGUUGGUUUCCUUGAACCUGUCAAGAAAUAAUUUGGCUGGAAGAAUCAUCCAAGAGAUUGGUCAGAUGAAGAUGUUGGAAGCUCUUGACCUAUCUGCAAAUAGACUUUCUGGUGAGAUUCCUACAAGCCUUGCUUAUCUUAAUUUUCUUAGUGUAUUGAACUUGUCAAAUAACAACUUGUCGGGAAAAAUUCCAUCAAGCACUCAAUUGCAAAGCUUUGAUGCCUCUGUAUAUUCUGAGAAUCCUAAACUCUGUGGGCGUCCCCUACCCAAUAAGUGUCCAGGAGAGGAUACGGUUGUGGAACCUCCAAUUUCUACUCAAGAAGAUGAGGACAGGUUUAUUACCUCAGGAUUUUAUGUUAGCAUGGGGAUUGGUUUCACCGUUGGAUUUUGGGGAGUUUUUGGCACUAUGCUUUGUAACAGUCCAUUGAGAUAUGCCUGCUUCAAAUUCUUGGACCGCAUACAAAAUUGGUUCUAUGUGACUGUGGUAUUGAAUAUGGCUAGACUACAAAGGAAUCUUUAAGCAAAAUCGGAAGCUGCUACACGUAAGACAUGAGUUUGUGAUGGCGAGUUCGUGGUAUGCGAAGUGGAGUUGCUGGUACCAUCUUUGCUUAGGCCCUCUAUUUCUUUCUCGAAGGAUGUAGCUACCUAAAUAAAUAAUUCAAGUGUGUAAUUUAAUUAUUUUGGAUUAAGUGUGUGUGUUUUGAAGGAUUCCAAUAUUUUGUUUUGGAUUAUCAGUGUUGUCAAUAGUUAUGGAAUUGGCAUGGAUCGGAUAAUAUACAUCACAGUAUGACUAUCUCAUGCUUGUUUUCUUAUUUAUUUAUUUUUUAUAGAUACAUCG